UGGAAAACGAUUGAAAAAUUGCAUUUUUUAAAUAUUUAGCUUGAUUUCACAAUUUAUUUUCCUUAAUAUUUUCCAACUGUGAUUGAUGCCUGCUUAUUUAAACGUAACGUGAAGUAAUAAAACUACCGUCAUCAUCAAGUUUGUUCCAGAUAGAAAGCAGCUCCAUUGUGAUAGCCUAGAGCCUUGAAUGUUUUGAUUAGUGGUGAUGAUUAUGAGAUGCAAUCAAGAGCUAGACGUCGUUUCGGUCCAGAGGAAGCAAAUGAACCAUUUUCAGUAGUUACUAUCGGAAACGCAAACAAUCACCAAGGGGAAGAUUACGUGGAAAAACCUAAAUAUCCGCCAGCAAGUGGAACCAGCUGGUUACCUUCGAUACCGCAGAAAUUCCUCUCCAGUGUCAUAAAUCCCAGCUCAUUCGGAAGCCAGCCAAAGCAACGGGAGCAGACAACACCUGAAAAAGCUUUUCUUCUCUUCGAAGAGGACGACAAAGAGAACGAACCAGAGUUCAUCAUGACGGCGCGCGAUCGUAGUACAGAAUUUACCAAUGCGAUUCGAUCGCUACAGGGCAGGAACAUUCAGCGAGCGGUCAAUGUACGCGAUCCACGGAAAGCUAAACAGCUACAAAGCUAUUCUGAGUUUAUGAUGAUUGCUAAACACAUAGGAAAAAAUAUUGCUAGCACGUAUGCUAAACUGGAAAAGUUAACACUGUUGGCAAAACGGAAAACCCUAUUUGAUGAUCGACCGGCAGAGAUUCAAGAGCUUACGUAUAUCAUAAAGGGUGACUUGAAUUCCUUGAAUCAGCAAAUAGCACGACUACAGGAAGUUUCCAAAUCACAACGUAAAUCUACCACAGGGAAGCACUUGCUUUCACAUUCCUCAAAUAUGGUGGUUGCUUUACAGGCCAAGCUGGCCAAUAUGAGUUCCGAUUUUAAGCAGGUACUGGAGGUGCGAACCGAAAAUCUCAAACAGCAAAAGAAUCGGCGCGAUCAGUUCAGCCAAGGGCCCAUCUCUAGCAGUUUACCACCCUCGACAAUGCGCGGCUCUACACAGGGUAGUUUAUUGCUUCAGGAGCAACAGGACCAAAUCAGUAUCGAUAUGAAUGCCUCCGGUGGAUCCGCUUCGGAACGCGCUCCGCUCCUUCAGCAGCAACAGCAGAUGGUGCUCUACGACGAAUCCGAUAGCUAUGUGCAGGAACGUGCCGAAACCAUGCAGAACAUCGAAAGUACGAUUGUUGAGCUCGGUGGAAUUUUCCAACAAUUGGCCCAUAUGGUCAAAGAGCAGGAAGAAAUGGUUGAGCGAAUUGAUACCAACUUACAAGAUGUAGAAUUGAACGUAGAAGCAGCCCAUGGGGAAAUUUUGAAAUACUUCCAAUCGGUGACAAAGAACCGCUGGUUAAUGAUUAAGAUAUUUGGCAUUCUAAUAUUGUUUUUCAUAUUUUUCGUUAUCUUUCUUGCAUAAGAGGUGCAGAAGUAUAGAAUUAUGGACCUGUAUGGAGAGUAUCUUUAUUAUAAUACAUUUAUUUUUUUAAUCGUCGAAAUUUUCCAACAGGUUCAAUCUGACGGCAAAAGGUAAACGGCUUGUAUGCCAGAUUAGCAAUACGAUUAUGUUUGUUAAUGUAAAUAUCGAAUAAAAUUAUUCAGCAUAAAUCCAGAGUAAAGAUCCG